UCAUGCAGAGAGAAAGCAAAGGGGAGGGAGAGAGAGAGAGGGAGAGAGGGAGAGAGAGAGAGAGAGGUAGAGCGCCACACACAACGAGGGAACCCCAUCAGCUGGAAGUCGAGUAACAUUACAACUCUCAGCAGCCUGAAACUACUACAUUACACAGCCGAGGGAUUCAGAUCUUUCUUGUAGGAUUUAUCCCCCGUUGGAUCACGGGAUUUCUUUUUGUUGCUAUCCCAGCGUCUUUUUCUUUUAAUUCUACGGAGACUGUUUUUUUUUUCUUUUAAGAGGUGGAGGGGGGGGUACCAAACUGGCGAGAGGCGAGCAUGGAGUAUUUCAUGGUACCAGCUCAGAAGGUGCCCUCCUUGCAACAUUUCAGGAAAACGGAGAAAGAAGUGAUUGGAGGUCUUUGUAGUCUGGCCAACAUUCCUCUGACCCCAGAAACAGCCCGGGACCAAGAGAGGCGAAUUCGCAGAGAGAUUGCCAACAGCAACGAGCGUCGGCGUAUGCAGAGCAUCAAUGCUGGAUUCCAGUCACUUAAAACACUCAUCCCACACAGCGAUGGAGAGAAGCUCAGUAAGGCUGCCAUCCUACAACAAACAGCAGAGUACAUUUUUACUUUGGAGCAGGAGAAGACGCGGCUAUUGCAGCAGAACAGUCAGCUCAAACGAAUCAUACAAGAGUUAAGUGGUUCCUCCCCUAAGAGGAGGCGUGCUGAGGAGAAAGAUGAAGGGAUUGGCUCACCAGACAUCCUGGAGGAGGAGAAGACUGAGGACUUGAGGAGGGAGAUGAUUGAGUUAAGGCAGCAGCUGGAGAAGGAGCGCUCGGUCAGGAUGAUGCUGGAAGAUCAGAUGCGUUCCCUCGAUGCUCAGAUGUACCCAGACAAACUGAAGGUGAUUGCCCAGCAGGUCCAGGAUCAGCAGGCCCAAACACAGAGCCUUGUUAGUCUGCAGCAGCACAAGCAGCUGGAGAGGGACCUUUCUUCAGCCCACAGCCCACAGGUGAUGGCACCGGCUACCCCCCCUGCACCUACCCACCACGCCACGGUCAUUGUCCCCGCACCUGUCCAGCCUCCCCUGCCCCAUCACGUCACCGUGGUAACAAUGGGCCCGGCAUCAGUUAUAAAUACAGUAUCCACAUCUCGACAGAACCUGGACACCAUUGUUCAAGCGAUCCAGCACAUCGAGGGCACCCAGGGAAAGGGUGGCGCUGGCGAGGAAGAGCAGCGGAGAGCGGUCAUCGUCACUUCAGGUCGCGUCCUCUCUGACGCGGCAGGCUCAGACACGGCCUCAAACAGUGACGGGCCUGACGACUGUUCACUGCCCUGAGUUUCAUCCCUGACGUGUCGCACGCCACGCACUACACACACACACACACACACACACACACACACACACACACACACACACACUUAGACACACAAAGGCCCAAGCAGACCAGGGCUACAGGAGGCUACAGAGCCACAGCACUCUUGUUCAAUGGACAUUAAUAGGGCUGGUAGACAAACUGAAGCACUCGUUUUUUUGUUGUUUUUUUCUUUUCAGUACACACUCUUACAUGUUGUACCGUGAUAGGCAGCCGGAAUAGGUUUACACUUAGACACUCAUACAUGCAGUCUCUUCUGCAUCUUUUCUCUGCUUAUCUCUAGCCCCCUGCUUUCCCACUCACUCUCACACACAAACUCAUGUCUGUUCAUUAACCUAAAAGGUUAUUAGAACGACUACUUCACUGACUCAUGUAAAUGCUCCCUCAUACUGGAUACUAGAAUUUCGAAUGUCUGCUAAACAUCACCUUUAAUCACUGGAGCUGUUCUUUAUUUGGCCCUGGAGCCAUGUGACUGAUCCACCGAAAUGGGAGACAAAGUCAAUGAAGAGCCAAGCAGUGUGGCGUCAUCGCCACCCAACACCGGAGCAUUUGUUUGUUUAAGAUGAACAUCCUUUAAACCUCCUUCUCUGAUCUGGUUGGAGAGACACUGUGAGCUAACAAGACUGUCUCAAAGUUCCACCUUUUAGGCUUCUGGAUGAAAUGUUAUUUUACUCUUGUGAAGUCUACUUUUUCAUGUUCUGUUUCUCUAAGGCUCCCUCAGCCAGCAAGUUAAAACGAUUGUACUUGGGGAAAAAAAGGCUGUUUUCAUGGCUGACUGAUGCUCACAGGAGAUGAAGCGAAGCUCUGGAGCAGAGAGUGUGCUUACUGGUUCACAAAUCUUUCUUUUUUGUUUGUUUGUUGCCAUUUUUACUGGGCUGGGUUCCCAGUAAUCCCACAUGUGUAUUUGGCAUGUUCUUGUUUUUACUCAUGGCCUGACAAAAAAAAAAAAAAAAUCAGUGCUUUGACAUUUCUUGACACCCGCCCCUCUUGAAUAUAAAAGCACCUGGCUUUUUAAAUAAGCUAAUCUGUGGACACUCUUGGAGUGAUUUCCACUGUGUGUGUGUGUGUGUGUGUGUGUGUGUGUGUGUGUGUGUGUGUGUGUGUGUGUGUGUGUGUGUGUGUGUGUGUGUGUGUGUGUGUGUGUGUGUGUGUGUGCCCUUUUAGCGUUUUGAAUCAGCAAGGCUCAGCGGUGUCCCAGACUCUGGCAGUCUGCAGCAGCACCACUUUGGCCUUGAGACUGAGGCACACGUGUAUGUGCGCACAGCACUCACAAAUACAACUGACAUACAAUCACUUGUUUGCUCAAUCUUAAGGGCUAGUUAGCUGAUAGCCCAUAGCAGUGUAGUGUCUUGUGCAAAUGUUGGGACAUCUAUCAAAGCAGAGUAGACUUCAAGUACAAGGAAAAUGCCCAGUGAAAUUGUCUGUAUGUGCCAUGGAGAGGACUGGGUUGACCAUACAUGCUCUAUGCAUUUCCUUACAUACGUCAUUUGUCCUUUAGUGCGCUUUUUGUCUAGCGUCCCAUGCUAUUUACACGUUUCUGCUAAGAUCAUACUUUAAUUGUGCUUUUGUUUUGCCUGGAAUUGUUGGUUGACGGACAUUAAGACAUGUAGCUGAGGGAGGCAGUAGCUCGCCUUACUAAUAGCCCGUGGGUGCAGGGAAGCACUGUGAAGCCAGCCUUAACACAGCCCUAGGGUCUAUGAGACGUACCUGAACACUUGAUCUGGGCUGUUCGGUGGCCACUGGAAUCCUUCGAAACAGACUUGUAAACACCCGGGGUGUGUUAGAAUAUACUGUAUAUUCCCAGUUAUUUUGUCUGUUAUGUUCUGUUAUGUCACGUUUGCCUCAAAGACGAACAGGUUGCCGGUAUAUUAAUUACAAGCACUCCUGAUGUCCCCCCCCCCUAAGAUUUACAUGUAGAUUUGCAACUGUUUUGGCCCCUUUGUGUGCACUAUUAAAGCCAGAUGUGUGUGUGUGUGUGAGGGGGGGAAAUAUCCACAAUGAAAUGUUGACAUUCCAUAAAAUGUUCAAAAGUUAAACCUGGUAUAUUUAGAAAUUCUAGUUACAUUUAGGGCUUUUGACACAUCACUGCUAUUUUAUGAUUGCGUUUAGGGACAAACUCAUUAUUAGAAUCCCCUGCAUCAAUGCAUAGAUGGAGCUUUGAACUGCUGGACAGAUAAGUGUUCAAUCGAACACACCUCAUCUAUCAUGAUUCAUGUCAUGGAACUGCCCUUUAAAAAAAUUAUUGAUGUCAGCUGCACUGAAAUAAGUGACGCGUCUGUCAAAUUAAAUCAUGGGACGUUUUUCCAGUACUUAUCACUAUAGGAAAGGGGAAUUCCUGGAUAUUGAAAACGUGGGUUGCAAGCUCUGCUUUUUGUAGAUCCCUUGCUUUUUCCUUUGAGUAUCUGCAUUUGAUAGUUUUCUGCUGAAUCCCAGAAUUGCCAUCUGUUUUACACUAUUCUGUGUGUUUAGAAAAUGUUACGUGGACAUAUCAGAUUGUCAGAUGAGCGGGGUGGGCCUGGGGAUCAUUAAUGGGGUCAAGAUUACAAAGCACUUACUGUACUAUACUGGAGUCUGCCUCUUUCUUCUGUAUAAAGGGGCAUCUCCUCAGCUGAAGCUCUUGAGGUUAUGAGUAAAAACCGCACAGCUGUGUAUCCCCCUUUCCCUCCAUGUCCAGUCCUCCUACAUCUUGUCCCGUUUGCCCGUCACAUCUUCUUUGUUUAUUUGCAAAUUCUUUUAUGCUGUCUUUGUUUUAUUGUCAGUAUCUCUUGUCUCCCUUUACAUUUUUCAGCUCCCUCUUCUCCCUCUCCUUUUGUCUGUUCUCUGUAACUUUUAUUUUGUUAGACCUGUCAAUGAAUAUGGUCAUCAAGAAGCUAUUUUGUUUUUGUUGUUGUUGUUGUUGUUGUUGUUGUUUUUUAAGAGAAAUGUUUUGGGGAUAAAGAGGCUUGUGCCUUUGUAAAGACAGAAUAAUAAAGUUUGUACUUUGUUUUGUA